AUGAAAAUAAAGCAGGAGCCCCUGCCCGACUUCCAUUCGGCUUUUCUCGAUAUACCGGACAUCAAGUUUGACAAUGACACCCAGAGUGACAACACUUCAAGUCACAACCAACAUAAUGCGCAUGCAACAGUCAGCAACCUGGUAUCGGUCAAGUCGGAAUUUAAAACCCCGCCAAUGAACAUCAUCCCCAAACAAGAAUAUCCAAGCAUGCCAUCGUCCUGCUCCACCUACACUGUUGUAUCGCCUGGCGCUGGACAUCAGUCCAAUCAGUUGCAUUUCUCGAUUCCCGGUCAUAUGUCUCCACCGGCUUCUCCUGAAAUGCAGGAGGAACGCAAAUCCAUGGCGUUCAACCAGCUGGGCAUGAUGCAUCCACACCAUCAACACCAGCAGCAACUAUUGGUGCCGCACCAUAUUCGCCCGAAGCUGGCCAAUUCCCAAAACUCCAUGAUGCCUAUGUCCCACCAAAUGAUCACUCCACCAUCUUCUCCCCAACUCGUUGAUUUACUUCUGCCGCAGCAGGGCGUCGACGGCGGACCGAACGCACCCAAGAAGCGCGGUCGGCGAUCGUGGGGCCGCAAACGUCAAACCAACCACACGUGCACCCACCCGGGCUGCAGCAAGACCUAUACGAAAAGCUCACACUUGAAGGCUCAUCUGAGGACCCACACAGGAGAGAAACCCUAUCACUGCAAUUGGAAAGGUUGCGGAUGGAAGUUCGCCCGCUCUGACGAACUGACCCGUCAUUACAGAAAGCAUACUGGCGACAGACCGUUCCAGUGCCACCUGUGUGAAAGAGCGUUCUCCAGAAGUGACCACCUGUCACUUCAUAUGAAACGCCACAUAUGA